GUCUUCAAAAACGGCGCUCGUCGAAGAUGGCCGAUUUUCCCUUGAGCACCGUGCUAAUGUAUGGUGUUUAUCACGUAUAACAGCAAUUAAUUGGGUUGUUAUUCAAUAUGGGAAACAAUUUUCACCAUGGGACGGCGGUUAUGGACAUUUACUAUUGAGAUAUUACACUUCGAGUUGAGCUUAAUAUAUCUGUGAGGCCAAUAUUUCGCCAGUUACCCUAGCAAGCGAUUCUAAAACGGCCUUACAUCCGAGUUGGCGGUUUUCCUUGUGGCAAGAGUUAAUUGAAUAUUUCCGAAAGACAAUUUAUAUCGACCGUGGUUUGUAUUCUGGUGGAUAAAGCAGAUCGGAUUGUGGCUGUGUGUCUACAAACAUAUCUGUGAGUGAAAAACAUGUGCAGAUGCACGAACCAUAGCCUCUUUUGUACAAAUUGGAUUGUAAUAUUGUUCAAGUUUUGGAUUCUAACGUCCUUUGAAAAUCUCUCGUCCAGACGUGUUUCAGCCUCAAGCGAAGUCAAUUCUACCCAUGUUCUACCUUCGUCUCGGAAUCAAGCUGUCGGGGAAUCCAAUGCUGGUCGCUCGUCCGGUCUCUUGCAGACCACUUCCAACCCAAAGAGCCCAAAUGUUUAUACCGACGAAGUCGAAGAUUUUCCGUUGUGGAUUAUCGUUUUGAUUGUCGUCACCGGUGGGAUUCUCGUAAUUGCUUUCAUUCUCUGCAUGAUCAAACUUCGUCGGUGGAAGAAGGACCAUGGCACCUAUUCCAUGUGGAAUAACCAGGGACCAAGUGUGGAAGCCAUGAUUGCAAGAGAAUCUGGAGUCCUUUUUGAAAGAUUAGACAUUGAAAACACCCCCCUGGCCGAAGCUCAGUGCUACGAGAUCCCAGUUGACUCAUUUGACACUCCGCAGAGAAUAUACAUCGAUGGAAUCAGACUGACUCCUUUGGCGUUGAGCUUAGAGACGCAUCGAACCAGCGAGAUGACGGAUGUGAGCAUUGUCGAUCAAACACAAUACUGUCCUGCAAGGGAAAGUGGCAGUGUUUCUACUGACGUGCAGAGAGAGAGUGUCCCCAGUUCAUUUGGACCAGGUGCCAGUGAGCGGUCAUCGCUUUCACCGAGCACAGUAUCCGAGCGUACAGUCGGUUCCCCCCGGCAAGAAACUCCCAAGGAAGGCUACGCCAAACCUCUCCCCGUGAUACCUGUCGCCGCCGAUCCCCCCACGGUGUUGUGCGAGACAUACUCGCUCGGUAUGGAAAAUCGUCCGCUCCCCCAAACCCCACCUCCCUCUUCCCUCCCCGUCAAUUACUCUGCUGUGAGCCUGGACCGAAGGUUACUGAAAGAACAAAAGGAUGCAAAAAUCGAGAAACCAAACACGUUUCGUACCUUGCCGCGUCCGCGGAAAAUGCGUCAGAUCCCCUUGCCGUUUCUCAACGCGCUUGCGCGCUCCGCCAGCAGCAAUGACGUCAGCAAAGAGGCGGAGCGACUGAGCGAUCACGUGGCCUCGGAUCCAAAGAAAUGUACGCUGACCAGGAUGAAGAAACGGAUGUCGCAAUCGUUGGACACCUUGUUCAACACGCCGGAACGUGUCAGCCACUUCUACGAAAAUCCGUAUCUUUCUGAAAGCGCGGGGGCAAAUGGGGAUAAAGGGGAAGCUGCUUGUCAAAAUAACAUCCCCACUACAAGCGACGAGGGGUUACCGAAGGAUAAAGAACACUUUUACACCCGAAUAAGUCAGUUUAUAGAUCGUAACGAGAGCCACCUUAAUAGGCAUUCUUACGCCAGUAUCCGCAAUCCGUCGUUUCGGGCGAGACCUAGGUCCAAACACGUUUAUAUCAGUAUAAUAUUUGGCAGUGCCGAAUCUGUGUCCAUACCUAGUGUUGAUAAUCCCAAAACCGACCAGGAGGAACCCACAGAACUGAGUAAAGCCAUGAGUCAAUCCUGCCCCAAUAUCAGCGCAUCCACUUACCCUGAGGUAUGCGAUACCCCACGACCCAGCAGUUAUUACCCCCCGGCAGAUACCGAGGAGGGACUUUAUGCAAUCGAUACACGGAAUGCACGAAAACAGGUUCCUAAAGUCACAAACAACGAUAUGGCAUCGUUUCCAGAUAGUGAAUAUCAGAAUAUCAGAGAGUCGUUAGGUAUUCCCCCCCUGGCACAGAAUUCCGCAGACGUCUACAAAGCUCCCAAGAGCUUAGACGUGCGACCGUAUUACGAAAAUAUAACCAGUGCCGGGGACAGCGUUAGGCAGAAUAAUGGGGACAUUGAUGGUCAUUAUGGUACCCCGAAGAGUCCCCCAAUUCCACUGGAUAGAUUUUGCGAAAUACUCAAGAAAACAAAUUCUAAUGUCCAAAACACAGAUUCAAAAACUACUUCAGAAUCUGAAGGAAACCUCGAAAUAUGCAGGCGUAAACGUGACACGGAAAACGCUGAAAAGUGCGUGGAAAACGGAGAACUCAAAACGUUAAGCACGUACCUUGAAGAUCGUUUUAACGAAGACAGAUUACACAAAGAGCAAGUCGACGAGACUGAUGAAAAAAUCUCAAUUGAGAAUGGACUAUCCAGCGAUCAAAGUGAUCGAAAUGAACCAGCAUAUGAGAAUUAUAUUCGCACAAAUCGCGAUAGUUUAGCAUCAGAAGACACUGUUUCCAGUCAAGGCCGCGUGUCCCUGGGUUCGAGUCUAAGCAUAGACGACAAAGACGAAGACCAUCCUCUCAUUCCGAAAACAUCAGAUUUCAACGGAAACUCGGUAUGCGAUGGACUCGUUGAAAAACUGGAGGUUCGUCGAAAAAGCUUGAUUGGAGCCGUGUUUGGCGAGUCAGUAGCUUAACGCUGUGCGUUAUUAGACUUUACCUCUAUGGUCUCUUCCAGGCUUUGAAACUUCAUGUUCAUAUUUCGUUGAACGAAAUUCACUUAUUGUAAUUGUCUCGCCGUGAAUUUUGAGGCGUUUUAGUACAAGCUCAUUGGCACCUUGUGCGCCCGCCAUCCAAAGUGAAAGUUCUGUGAUCAGACCAUGCGCAUUACUGGAACUUUUGACACGGUCAUUUUUGUACAGGAACAAGGAAUCCCCGUUUACCGGAAAACAGCCUUAAACUAUGUCCGCAGCAACGUGCCAACAUACGGGAGAAGUUGAUAAAGCUUCGUUUAAAGAUUUGUCAUUCAAUGAUAAAUUUUCGUUUCCUUGUACGUUUCCUGUCUUUUCGAGUUUCAUAGUCAAGGCAACAACAGUAUUGACAAUCCUUACAGAUCAAAAUUGUUCGUAGUAAGGGGGACAGCAAGAUCUAUUUCACACGAUCCGAGUAUGUCGGAUCCAAUUCACUUCUGGUGGAUGUUUUUUAGUCUGUUAACUUGCAACGUAUGGACAGCAAGCCGUGUCAUGCAGUACUGCUUUAUCAAUAACAAACUACAUUCCAUACGUCAGAAGUAAAUUGGAUCCGACAAAGUCGGAUCGUGUCAUUCGACAAAGUCGGAUCGAACAUUGAUAAAAUACAUUCCACUCCUUGCUAUGCUGUUGCUAAGGACGUGUUUCAGUGUACAGACUGUGGGGAAAAGAAUAUGAAUGAAUUAUAAAACUAAAUCAUUUUCAAAAUCUGCCAGUGCAUGCAGCUGACGCAGGCAGAAUUUAAUGAGCAUUAAUUGUAGUAAAUAAUCUGUUAUUGCUUCGUCGUGAGUACGUCGACUACUGGGCAAAUAUAUUUGGGCUGGUCCCGAGUACAAGCCACCAUUGUUAAGCGUUGAACGCUUUUUUCAAGGUGUGUAGAGAUUUACGAUACGGAUUACGGAAGCAAAAAGAUUGACAUUUAUUUAGUUCGUAGAAAGAUAUCUUACAUAUUAGUGUUAAAUAAUUUCUAUUGUAUUGCACAAGUAAAUUAGUAAAACACAAAUGCACAAUUAAUAAA